AUUCAAGUGUUUAGGCGGAUUCCAAAUGCAAUAGGCAGGAUGAAGUUAAUUUCGAUAAUUAAGUAUAAGUAAAUAUCUUAAUCGUCUGAUUUUAAUUUAUAUAUAUAUAAUUCGGAUCAAAUUAUAUUCCAUUUUGAUUAAUGGAAAGUCAACAUAAAUAAAAAAAUUUAAGUGUUGAGCGUAGAAGAGUCACAGCCUCCGUCACUGACCCCGGUUGUUAAUGCGCAGCGACCGUUUGCUUUGCUUAGACUUCUCCUUCCCUUUUCUUGCUCCCUCAUUAACUCCACUUUUCUUCUUUAUCCUUCCUCAUUCUCUAAAAUUCUAGCAAACCCAUUUAAAUCAAACAAGUUUUUUCCAUUUUCCAACAGAUUGGUCGAUUGAGGCACAUUGAGAGUGUCAGAAGUUCGAGAUUUCUGGGCUUCACAGAUCACACUCAGUAAUGGACAAGAGGCAAGGAAAAGAUGUUGUAGAACAUGGGAGGACCAAAUACACUCUCAUUAAAGAUGUAGAAGACUACCAGUCUGGCAUCUACGAGAAGCGUCUUCCUUGCUUCGGCUGUGGAUUAGGAUGGUUUUCUUUUCUUGUAGGUAUUUUGUGUCCGCCUAUGUGGUAUUACGCAACAUUCCUAUAUUUUGGUAAUUACUAUCGUAAAGACCCAAGAGAGCGAGCUGGGCUUGCUGCUUCAGCAAUAGCGGCUUUGGGUUGCUCCAUUGUGGUAUUAAUAAUUCUUCUAGUUCGAUUAUUUAGAUUCUCAUAAUCAACAAUGUAAAUACACAUACAUCACAUAGAAGCCUUUAAAAGAAGUGGUGACAGAAUAUAGAUGUAUACAUUCGGUUCACAUUGGCCGAACAUUCGAGUGUUGAAGCAAAGACAAUAAUAGCAUUAGGCAUUUGUACUAUGCUGUGAAUAGCUGUCUGUCGAGUCGAUUCGAGAUAGUUGAUGAUCCUGUUGGACAUGGAUCUACACAGUUGAAUAAAUUGGUGGAAUUGGGGUACAUUUUUUAAAACUGGAAGAGAGAUUGUAUUACUUAUAUGAUCAAGUGUGUAUCAAACAAUUCUGAUCUUAUAUGUUAUAAACCUUCAAACUUGUUCUU